AUGAGAUUCUGGCGCUUUGAAUUCCUGCGCUAGAGCUAGGCGUAUUCCAGGAAUUCAAGACAGCCGUCCAAGGCCUCGUAAAUGCGCGACUGUUUCGGCAAGCACAAUUGAACUGUCGCAAGAUACCACAGCAUCGUCCCUGCGUUCUCAGUCAUCACUGCAGCGAAUCAUGGAAUCCCCCGACGACUUUCCAAACGUGUCGAUCAUGAUACGACGAAGACGUUUUCAAGUCCGUCAUCUCAUGCUCCUCAUGAUCUCUUUGGGAAUUUUCUUGGUUUACUCCAUGAGGGUAAAUCUCAGUGUGACCAUCAUAGCCAUGAUCAACAGCACAGCCACGCGGGGGAAUGAGAGCAAAGUGUUGACUUCUGAAUGUCCCGUCUCUCCUGACAAUGGCUCUUCGCUCUCCAAUCAAAGUGACAUUCCUAGUGGAGAGUUCCUCUGGGACCAAGAAACACAAAGCUAUGUGCUCAAUGCCUUCUUUUAUGGUUACAUUGUGACACAAAUCCCUGGAGGCUGGCUCUCUGAAGUUGUCGAUCCAGGAUGGGUCUUUGUCAGUGGAAUUGCUAUCACUUCUCUUCUUACACUUGCUACAGCUGUUGUCGCAAGAGCUAGCUUUGCUGCAUUCCUGGUUCUUCGGGUUCUGGAAGGAAUCGCUGAGGGGGUAACGUACCCAUCCAUGUAUGCCCUACUUGCCCGGUGGUCUCCCGUCAAUGAGCGAAGUGUGAUGGCUGGCAUCAGCAAUAUUGGAAGCCUCUUGGGCACUGUGGUCACACUACCACUAUCGGCUAUGCUCUGCAAGCAUGGCUUUGCGGGGGGCUGGCCAUCUGUCUUUUACCUCACAGGACUCCUGGGUGUUGUAUGGUCCAUAUUUUGGAUACUUCUAGCUUCUGGCAGUCCUGAAAAACACAAGUUCAUCUCAAUGGAGGAACGCAUCUAUAUAGUUCAUUCUCGGGACGCCAAGUUCUCAGAGCACAAGCCGGUGCCUUGGCUCAGCAUACUGACAUCAAGGGGUGUGUGGCUUUGUGCUCUAGUUAAGUUUUGUGCAAGCUGGAGCUUUUAUACUUUGCUCACGGAGCUUCCAAGCUACUUGUCCAAUGUACUGCACUUCGAUAUUCAAAAGGACGGUUUCAUGAAUGCCAGCAUAUACUUGGGCCAAGCACUUGUUGGAAUCCUUUGUGGCUUCAUGGCUGACAAGCUUCACAAAAAGCAAGUCCUUGGUGUAACCGCCAUAAGAAAGACUUUCGAGUGUGCAGGCCUUGCUGCAGUAAGUGCCGGACUGGUUGGAGUGACGUUUGCCCGGUGCAAUUGGGUGGCCGCCUAUGUGGCGCUUCUGCUCUCCAACACGUGUGCUGGCAUCCUCUAUGGUGGUGAUGCUGUCCUGCCUAUUGACCUUGCACCUGAUUUUGCUGGCAAGUGUUGUCAUAACAUUUUCUUUCUAUAUUUAGGUGCUGUCAUGGGACUCACAAACUGCAUUUCCAAUACUGCUGGAAUUUUCGCACCUCUUGUGGUUGGCUACCUGACAGAAAGCAAUGAGACCAUUGCCCGGUGGAAUGCCGUGUUUUACAUUGCUGCUGCGGUGUGCACCUUUGGAGCCGUGGUAUUCUUGGCAUUCGGCACGGCGGAAGUGCAGCCGUGGGCACAUCAGCCGGCCACUCCUCUUGGGGGCUCAGCGGCUGUGCUGGUUCCUAGCGAUGAACUUCUUGACGACGAUCCACUAGAGGGCUCAAAGGAUGCAAGGUCUUACUGCCACUGACAGCAUUUAACGGUGUGCCUUACAGCAUCAGUUAACACAGUGGACUGCUUUGUUGGUGCUGACUGACCUUUUUUUUCUCUCUAUUCCUUGGAGGUGCGAGAGUAGUGUUCCUGCUGAUAUACUGUGAUACCAACAACCAUGUUUUAUGUGGCGUUUAAUUUGCCAGGCUCCCCAUAAGGAAAGCUUUCAAAGCUUUCCUGCUAAGCGCACAAGAGCCCAGUUGGUUUUUAGAGCAUCAAGUAGUAUGCUUACUAUGUCUGUUUAGUCUCUUCCUCUAUGGAAGCAUUCUUUGGUUUUGUGAUUUCGUGCAUUCUUUACUUUCCUCAAAGGUUCACUUGAAGACUGUUUGCUUGUCGUGAUGCCCACUGCGGUGAUGCAAGCACUUUUGUGCCCUGCAUUUAUGCUCCAUGCAUUUUAUUUUUUUCUCAUCAGUUUUUCAUGUGCUUAAAGAAUGGAUUUUAGAUGAUUGUCAGAAUAGCCAUUAAGACGUAGCAUGUGCGACUCAAUGAAACAAGUGUAUGCAUAGUACAGUGGACUUUUUCUGCCAUUGGCAUGGCCUUUCAGUCCUAUAGUUUUUGUGCCAUUGAAAUGCUUCAUGCUAUUGCAUUUUUAAAAUCUUGGGUAGUAUAUACUUUAUUAUUAUUUAACAGGAGUUUAAAAGUGCUGUCUAUUCGUAUAAGGUAAAUUUCAUUGGUUGACCAUCAGUCUAUGCUUUGCAUCAGUGGAAAAGCACUAGUUGCACUGCUAAGCUGGCAUGGAAAACACACUGUAUGCCCCCAUGCCAGUGGUUGGCGAAUUCAAGUUACUGUUAUAACAAAUAUGUGCUAUGGGAACUUCCACGAUUCACUCACUUUGAAACUUGUCGCUCACAUACAAAAUGCUUAGACUGGUGCCUGGGCAAUGUUGUCAUUGAAAAUUAGUUAAGUGGCUACAGAAAAAAGUGCGCAUGGCAUGAAAACACACAUGGUUGUGCGGCUGUGCUUUGUAAUGUAGUAAAAGAGAAGGCCAACAUUACUGCGCAUUGUGAUAGCAGUUGCAUCCCACUGCGUGGAAUCUCAAAUCUGGCAUCUCAAGAGGAUCGAGAAGUGAUUUGUUCAUGGAAGCUGCUCCAAGUGAGCCGUCGAAGCGUGCACUUAUGCACUGAGUCAGUAGUAGAGCAUGCAAUCUCUCCUACGGAACAACAAAAGUUCAUUCUAAUGGAAUGCUGGAGUUCACCAUUAAUUUUUCCCUAUUCCUCUGAUUGAAGUAGCAUUUAGUUUACGUACAUAUAAAUCUAAUGGCACAUGUCCAAAUACUGCUAUGCGUGGCUUUAUUUUUAUGUGAUGUGCGGAGACUGUCCACGACGGAUGCUUGCUAGCAAGGUAAUGUUUUGGUUUAGUGCGUGUGCGCAUGAUCCAUCAUGAAAGCAAAUUUUACGUACAAUACAUUGGAAAUCUUGGCACGUGCCCAAAAUGACCACAGGAGGCUCCUUAGCUGUAGGGGCGCUUCAUUCUCCACCUCCCAUGCAAAGCAUUCUUUCUCCCAAGUACCAUAAGCAAGUCAACAGAAAUGCUGCCAUUUUAGCAAAUAUUCUGUCAUAUCAAGCAGAUUUCUGGCUUUUUUGGUGCGGAUAUUGCACAUUAAAUGCAUAGCAGGCUUUUGAAAGCAAAUUCUGAAUUAAGUUUUUCCAGCAAUCUUUGAAGCAUUCAAAGCAACAUAUAAUCAUUCUAGCAGAUUCUUAUUUUUUUAUUUUGCUGAAUUGUUUCCUAGAAAUGAUUUUCAGCGCUUAUUUUUUGAUGAUCUAGACAUUACAAUGAAAUGUCUGUCCAUUCACUUGGCCCAUUUGAUUUCUUUAUUAACAUAAUGACUUACGAAAAGUAUUUGAUAAUGCCCUUGUUGCCUGCAAAUGUGACAUUGUAAACAUACACAUAGAUAUUUACAUGCCUUGUAUGUUUUUUUAUAGUAUCCACCACAUUCCCUUAACAACUAUAAAUUAUAAUUAAUUAUAAUUGAUACCUCUACUACUCGAAAAUUCCUGUUUGUCAUGGUUCAUCAUCAUCGGCCUGGUUACGCCCACUGCAGGGCAAAGGCCUCUCCCAUACUUCUCCAACUACCCCGGUCACAUACUAAUUGUGGCCAUGUUGUCCCUGCAAACUUCUUAAUCUCAUCCGCCCAUCUAACUUUCUGCCACCCCCAACUACGCUUCCCUACCCUUGGAAUCUUAUCUUCCCUCCUCAUUACAUGUCCUGCCCAUGCCCAUUUCCUUUUCUUGAUUUCAAUUAAGAUGUCAUUAACUCGCGUUUGUUCCCUCACCAGAUCUGCUCUUUUCUUAUCCCUUAACGUUACACCCAUCAUUCUUCUUUCCAUAGCUCGUUGCGUCAUCCUCGAUUUAAGAAGAACCCUUUUCAUAAGCCUUCAGGUUUCUGCCCCGUACAUGAGUACUUUUCUAUUGAGGGAUAAUGGCAACCUGCUGUUCAUGAUCUGAGAAUGCCUGCCAAACACACCCCAGCCCAUUCUUAUUCUUCUGAUUAUUUCAGUCUCAUGAUCCGGAUCCGCGGUCACUACCUGCCCUAAGCAGAUGUAUUUUCUUAACACUUCCAGUGCCUCGCUACCUAUCAUAAACUGCUGUUCUCUUCCGAGACUGUCAAACAUUACUUUAGUUUUCUGCAGAUUAAUUUUUAGACCCACCCCUCUGCUGUGCCUCUCCAUGUCAGUGAGCAAGUGUUGUAAUUGGUCCCCUGAGUUACUAAGCAAGGCAAUAUCAUCAGCGAAUCGCAAGUUACUAAGGUAUUCUCCAUCAACUUUUAUCCCCAAUUCUUCCCAAUCCAGGUCUCUGAAUAGUACCUCCUGUAAACACGCUGUGAAUAGCAUUGGAGAGAUCGUAUCUCCCUGCCUGGCGCCUUUCUUUGUUGGGAUUUUGUUGCUUUCUUUAUGGAGGACUACGGUGGCUGUGGAGCCGCUAUAGGUAUUUUUCAGUAUUUUUGCGUACGGCUCGUCUACACCCUGAUUCCGUAAUGCCUCCAUGACUGCUGAGGUUUCGACUGAAUCAAAUGCUUUCUCUUAAUCAAUGAAAGCUAUAUAUAAGGGUUGGUUAAAUUCCGCACAUUUCUAUAUCACCUGAUUGAUAGUGUGAAGACCUGCCAAGGCCUGCCACCCUCUCGUUAAUGCUAUAGAAUUCCUGUACGCUACCAGCUAUAUCCUGAUUAAUCAGAAAUCCGACUUCUAGUUCUCGUCUCUCUGCUAAGCCCCGGUAGCACAGGACGUGCUCGCUUUUUAGCACUGUAUAUGCUUCAUUUGUCCUCCUAACUUCACAUAGCCCAAUUAUAUCCCAUGUACUGCCCUCUAAUUCCUCCAAUAGCACUGCUAGACACGCCUCACUACAUAAUGUUCUAGCGUUAAACAUUGCCAGGUUCAGUUACAAUGGCGGCCUGUCCGGAUCCAGAGAUUCUUAGCACCCUUUGCUGCGUCACAGGUCUGACCGCUGCCGUGGUCAGUUGCUUUGCAGCCGCUGGAGGCUGAGGGCCGGGGUUUGAUUGUUGUAUUCAUAUAGGAGAUUGUGGCCAGGUAUAUCACCAGGGUGGCCAACCCUGCUCUGGUGAGGGAGUGCGUUACCGGUUCUGGUCACCGGGAUCAGGCUGCACUCCAGGCCUGUUUAUGCACUUUUAUCAACACGCGGGUUUUUCUUUUAAUCCAGUGGAAAAUUCCCCGGCACCGAGAUUCGAACCAUGGUCCUCUUGCACACGAGGCGGAUACUCUACCUCUACGCCACCGCUGCCCCCUGUUGUCAUAGUUAACCUUGUUGAAAUCUUUCUUAACAUAUAUUUAGUAGACUGAAAAGUAUUUAGCAUACCCUAGCUGACUUUCACUGCUGCAUAUUAGUGGAAUAUUCGCUAGAGAAAUACACUAGACUACCUUUAAUUCAAGUUUGGUUAAUUCGAUCCUGACCGAAAGUCCUGUCCGGUGCGCAUCCAUUUAUAUAGGCCAGAACUUUAAUUAUUUCCAUCCUAAAAUGCGCCUUUGCUGAAUAAAUUGAACAGUUAGCAUGCGCUCACUGACCCUUAUAGUCACCCCAAUAGCAACACCUUUAUUGGGAAUGUAUGCCUCAGCAGCGCUUAGGGGACAGUUAACACACAAGUCCCGCUUUGAAAACGCUUACUUUUGGCCUGCCCUAGGAGGAUCUUUAAGCAAUAACUGUAGCUCACAAUGUCUGAUUAUGGCAUUUGCCCAAUUUUUAACACCCACCUUUUCUUUUUUUCUCAAAUAAGUUGGGACAAAGAUUGUCUGUGUGGUGCAAACAGACAAAAAUAAAGAACUUCUUUUGCCGCAAUUGUAUGCUUUACAUAACACAACUAUAUGCGGCGAAGCUGACUUUAAAAAUCAUGCGGCAAAGCUGACUUCUAUAAAACUGGUUACUGUGGUGCAACAAAUGUUAGGCCAUUGCCCAUUUUGGUUGCUAAAAAAUAGGAUGCCCCUUAUAUUUCUACUUUGUUUAGGAUCAUUCGUGUCAUUUCUAUGUUAGUUUUGUACUUCCGACAGUUACGCAAGUAGAAACCCUUACGGCUUUGCUAGAAUCGGGCAAAUACUGCCAAAUGAAUCAGUGGUAUGGUUUGCGCUUUUCUCUGCAUUUCGUUUAUUUAAUUUGACUCGCCGGAUAAUUCGAUCGAUUUUCUCAGUCCUGUCAGGGUCAAUAUAACGGAGGUCGACUGUAUAGCGACACUGGUUUACAGAGUGAAGCAGUGUAUGAGAUUCCUUGUACUGUGGUUUCAUGCUUACUGGUAUACUAGGUGCAUACUUCACUGGCCAGUGUGCAUGCGCCUGGUAACUCAUUUUGUUGAAGCGUCACUUGCUCAAUUGCUUUUCGGUGCCUUUGCUUAUGAUGGCCUGCAUGCGUGUCACAUUCACAAGAAUGAAUGCAGGCAUGAUUCGGCUUAUUGAAAUGUAUCGCGCGGAACUGACAACCGUCUAGAUGCACCAGCCUGCAUUUUUACAGCGAUGGCUGUAAUUGGUUCCUUCAGCUUUUGACGUGGAUGUUGUGGGGGUUCCACUCUGCGUGCGGCUAGGGCUGAAGGCGAGCUCCGGAUCUAGCCCCACGCAGUCGCUUCGUGGUACUCCCAACCCGUAGCGCGGGAAUCGCGGCUACGCCGGGUUCGGACGAAUAAGGCAACCAGCGGUGUCAACGGUAACAACGUUUAUUGCUAUUAGCAAUAGCGAACACUCGCAGAGGGACGUCCUCUCCGUAAUAAUAAUAAAUAGGCUGGCCUCGUUGCCCGGGAUAGUCAGGCAACGUGGUCACUCACGGGUAGCAGCAGGUACUCCAGUCCGGCAGGUUAUGGGUCCGGCCUCAGAGAGCGAGGGUCUCCCCCGGUCGCGCUGUUUUGUACCUUUUUAGCUGGGCGAGGGGAAUGUCCUCCUCGCCCGUCAGCUGCCUGCCCGCGAGUCGGGGAGGAAGGGCGCGUGCGCGUCGCGAGAGCGAGGGAGAAUCGGGAGAGGGCAUAGUGCGCCUCUCCCCCGUCUAUGCCGGCUCUUGACGCGACGGCGCGGGGGAAGAUGGGCACGUGUGCUCCCCACAAUGUAUGCCCGUCGUUAGGCUGCACCACAAACCUUAUAACAACCUCCCUAGUUGCUCCAAUCAACUGCUCUAAUGUUGUCUAAAUGUUCCUUAUUUAGCCUGAGGCUCUCCUUUGCGACCUUCUAGCAUUUUCUUUUCAUUUCAUCCAUGCCAACUUGCUGGGAACUGCAGCUCUCGCCUGAUGAGGGCAGUGCUUGGUUCAUAGAGAAAUCAUCACAUUACGCUUUCAUUACUUUUCCUACCUUGUUGCCCAGCCUGGUUUUAUGUAAUUGCAAGCGUGCAACAUGUUAUGCUUGCUAGGCUUGCUAAGUCUCCUCGUCUGCCUUUGCUUUCUUUCGCAGUGCUCUGCUUAUUUGUGAAAUUUAGGGGAAUCCAGCUGAUUCCAAUUUUUUACUGGUUUAAUUAAGUGAAAGAACAACAUUAUGUUCAGUGAGAAUGAGGAAUGGAACAGAAAAUGAUAGGCAUGAAGUUAAUAGAUAGGAAGAUGGCAGUAUGCACUAGACUUAGAGAGGAAAGACUGGUAGCUGAAAUUUUUGUUAAGUUUAGGUGGAAGACUUUGCAGCUGAUGUAAUGUACGGAACAGAUUACAAGUCGAAUAUUACACUAGCAGCAAGAGUGCAAGAUAAGGGAAAACGAAUUGAAGGCAGCAUAGGAUUACAUGCAAUGAUCAGGCUAAAAUAUUUGCACGUGUAGGAUGGAAUUGGCUGGUGCGAUACAGCAGCAAUUGUAGAUUACUGAAAGGGAGGCCUUUGUCUUACAGUGGACAUGAAAUAAGAUGGUGAUAACAUAACCCUUUCAGCCACGAAUUAUGAUUGACUGUUGAUAAAUGGGUGAAAGUUAACAUAAUUUUAUGCCAGGGUGCUGGAGACUUCAAAGCAAGCAAGUCAAGGUGGGAUGAGAACGACUGCAUUUUAUAGAGACCCAUCAUAAUUGCAAAGUAAUUAAACAUCCAUUUUAUGUGGAGUCAGUCCUGGUACGUCUCUUCAUCAAAAAUAUUAAGUCAACCGCUCAAAUUGCAUGCAUAGGUUAAUUGUUGGGUGCAAGCAUACCAACAAAGUAAAGAAAAUCUUUCGCAAUGGCUACUUAAACGCCCCACUUCAAAUGACCCAUCAAACACGGCAGUGUCUUCGCCAAAGCGGUCGUCUGAAGCGACACCAUACUCUCAGAAGUGAAAUAGGUGUACUUUAGGAAAGCAGAAUGUUCAAUUUACUCAAUGUUCGUUGUCUAUUCCUUGCAACCACUGCACAGUAAUGGCGUAAUGGCAAAAAAAGCGUGUCCUCAAAUGUGUACGCUGAGACUGAAGGGGCCAAAGUUCUGACAAAUGUUGGCAUCAAUUUCAUAUGGAGUGUAUCCACUCUCAUUAGUUGGGUUUUCAUUUUCGGCAGGUUUAACAAGUUAAGCCACUUUAUUUACUGUGUUCAAAGAGCGCAGUAGGGCAUUUAAAGUGUCAGUAUAGGAAAACAUAAAGCUAGAUUAGCAGAUUACAUUUGUGAAGUAACAAAAGUAGAGCAGUGGUUUUGUAUGCCAGAAAAUUAUGUAAUUGUGAUAUGGGGUGUACCAAUGGUACAUUGAAGCUCUGACACCAGCUUCCCAUGGUGUUUUAGAUUGCAGCACACUCUAUCAGACGUUCAACCACUGCUUCUUGAGAAAGAUCUGAAUAUCAACACCUGUAAAACAAAACAUGGUUAUCGUGACACCAUUUUUUUUUUUCGUUGUAAGGAUCACCUCACUGUAAACACAAAGUAUGCACUAACAGCAUCCCAUGUAAAAAAGAAUGAGAAUUCUGAAUUGCUAUGAUGGUCAUUUAAUGUAGACGCACUCACUGUAGAUGUGUCCAGCUAUACAUUUUUCCUGUUGUUCGAAUAGGGCCAAAUUAGCAGCAAUGCAGAGCAGUCCAUGAAAGCACACUAUGGUGUCAUCAGUGCUUUUAUUUGGGCAUGCAAUUUAGAGAAAGAUGUUCGGUCCUCUUGUCUUUUAUUUAUUUAUUAACUUGCAUUUAUGUUGAAAAAUUGUUGUUCAGCAAAAUGAUUUAGCAAUGCAUUUAUGCUGAACAAACAGCAGUUUUAGAAGAAUAUUCUGUCAGCGUUACAUGACUGUUGCCUGUUUUUGCUGUUUCUAAUGGUAAUGAAAAGGCCAAAUGUGAGGGUUGCGCUUUUCAAUUCAUGAUGGCUUUUUUGCAUCAAUUAUCCUUUGCUAUGCUUGAAGUCUUAUUCAAAUCCAUGCAAAUGCAGAUGAAGAAUGUGUCAAGGACAGUGCGACAGCUUAUACAGAUUUCUUAUAGUGAAAAGCCUAGAUGCAGAAAAUUCACUGAAGGAGAGCCCGUAGUUUGCUGGCCUACAUACAGCCUGUUUUGUCGCCAGCUGGCAAGUUGUGGUUGUUGACAAGCUUAUGCAACACUGCUUGCAACAUUGCUUGAGCAUGUGGCCAUGAAUAUUUGCAGCAGUGAAAAUAUUUGACACCCACUAAAGUUAUCGCUGCAUUGUGUGCAAGUGCUGCAAGGCAGGGACUUUUUUAAUCUCUGACACAUCUUUUCAUGUAGCUGUAACCAAGUUUUACUAACUGUCGUCAUGUGCAUACACUUCACGUGUUCAUUUGUGAAUGUUUGCAGAUGUGCAUAGGACUUGAGGGCAAGGAUGAAAUGUGUUUAUUUUUAGGGAAAAUAAUGUUCGGAAAUUGUGACACUGUGGAACAAAUUUUGAUAUGUUGCCAGCAUUAAAGUGUUUCUUGUGCUUGUGUGAGAUUUUGGAAAUAAGCGUAGCUGUGUCAAUGACUUUUACAGUGGCUCCUUAAAACUACUUCUUGCUCCUUAAAGAGAAUAAAUUACUGUUAGCAUGAGAUAGCACUGGGCUUUACUGUACUUUGUAAUGUAUUAGUGUUCACACUGUUUGAGAUCAGGGUAAUAUGAAGAUCUGGACACAUAGCAUUUAUUUCUGCAGAGCCAUGUUUUAUGUAGCUUUUCUGUUAUGCUCUGUAAAAAAAGAUCGGAAGAGCUGCAUUACUAUAUAAAAUGCUGAUGAGAUAUGCUUUUAUUUAUUUAUAUUUGAGUUUGCUUGUUGUACAGUCUGUAAUUGAUUGACAGAGCAAAAAAUUGUUCAUUCAUCCAUGCACUGUUCUUUUAUGUGAUACCAUCUGAAGCUCAUUUGCACUGGGAUGAUCGACGUAUCUUUGAACACAUGACCUGCACUGUUGUUAGCAGGAGUUUGUGGGCGAGCAAGCAUAUAUGAACCAUCAGUCUCAGCUACAGCUUUAUGAUGGUAGUGUAGAAAUGUAAUUUGUUCGGGGCGCACAAUAUGUGAAAGAAAGAAAAGAGAGUGUAGCGACAGUGUGUAAGAAUAAGCAGACUAUAAUGGGUUUUUGUAAGUGUAUGGCCUUGUGUACACACGUGCAACUGUGUUUGUACAUAGCGGGUACAAUGAAAACAUUUGUAUUUCAUGGCUGUAACAUAUUUUGACAAUAUUUGUGGUGGUUAUAGCUUACAAGUUUUGCAGAUAGUAUUUGUAAAAGAAAUUCUUGGUGUGUGGAUGCAGGACUUUUUACGUAACUGUCUUGUUCGAAUAUUUUCCACAAUCUCUUCCAAUCCCAGCAAGUACUGGCUCACAUGUUUUUGUCACAUAAUGUUUAUAGCUCAGCUUACUUCUGGCACUCCAUUGCCAGGUUCAACCAGUUUCCAUCUAAGACAAAGGCAUUGAUGGUUGCAUUUGGGUAGGAAUAAAAAGCAAUUAACACGUGUUCUUUGUGACUUUAAUAUACAUUAAUCAGGAUUUCCAAGCAUCUGUUUUAGUGUCCGUGCCUCGUUGCUUUUAUCCCAGCUGCUUAAAACUUUUUAAAGAUACAUUAAAAGGAACUGUGAAAUUAAGCUGUAUAUUCGUGAAGUUUGUUUCUGGAAUAGCGAAAUAACCACUGUUACCGUGAAAGAAGGUUUAUUAAGCCAGAAAAAAUGCAAAUAUAAGAAAUGAGUGGCAGCGCCACCUUGAACUUUCCGCGAUGGCACCCUGCGACAACAUGGAUUCUGACAGCUUCUGUUCGGGUCUGGUUAUUCAUUUGCUGGUAAACAAAGAUCUAAAGACUCAACCUCGCAAGCUUAUAAAACUCUUUCUGCAGCGACACCACUAAAAUGCAAGAAAAUACUUUGAAAUUCGUGUUGCUGCACAGAUGUGCUAGUGCUGAAGUGGCAGCAUAAAGUUCAAAAAGAAAAGUUUCACCUUUAUUUUCUUUGGUAUUAUUAACCCGCCUUCUAUAAAAUGAAUCGGAAAUAGUUUUAAAAUAACGUUUAACCUCUCUAAACUGUUUUAAGGUUCUCUUUAGUGUCUUUUUAAAGUGCUCCAAAUAACUACCCAUACUCUUGUUGCUUUAUUACAAUUAUAACUUGGAUUUUCACAUUCUUCAGCAUCCUGAUUUGAAUAAUCUAUGUAGUACUGGGUGUCCAAAAAGUGUCUGUGCAUUGUGGGAAUGACAGUCUCAAAAUAUGAAGUUGUAUUUAUUGCAGUGCAUUGAUCACUACAGGAAAUGCUUAAAUUGUCCACCACUGGCUAGAAGACGUGCUGUGUAUGAGGAUAGCUCUUGUACACCUGUCCUUUGAGUGCACCCCACAGACAUAUCAGACCAACUACAGGUCUUGCACAGGAAUAUCGCACGUGAAACUGCCAUGUCACUCACAGUUGUCAUCAUAUUAUUGUUUAUUUUCUCACUGCGCAAUUACUCUUCAGAAUACAUUGGAUCUUUUGACUCAUUCACUCUGGAGAACCAUCUUCUUCUUAUCAAUUUCUAUUGGAGACAUUCACGGAGCGUAGUGCAGCAUUAGCCCUUUUGGAGUAAUGGGCGAUGUCGUAAUGCAAGUGUUCCACCUGGGCCUUUUUACGCAUCUGAUGAGCUGGAGAACGACGCAAAAAGUGACAACUGUUGCUGGGCAGUGAAGAAAGCACCAAUCCAUGAUCAAUCUGUGACAACCUAUGAUUUAGCCUGGUUGUAUAACUGGGGUAGGUAGGUCAUAUAAAGGGUUACAUAACAGUAGAGCUCGUUAAUGCAGUCAUUGAUUCGGUGCUCCUUUAUUCUGAUAUUUUUUUGCUAAAGUUUUUUUUUUUGUUAAGGUUUGCCAGUCAACUUAGGCUUGUAAGCAUUGAACAGAUCAGUACAGACAUCUAAAUGAUAGACAGUUUCCAAUAAGUUCUUUUGCUUUCCUGUCUCGUCAUGUGUGCUCAUAUUCCAGAAAGAGGAGGGGGAGAUACAAGGAACCAUUAAGGAUUCUUUGUUGCAUAUUUGCAUGCCAUUAUAUUCUAGUGUUGCACACUGAAUAUGACUUCUAUGGAAAGCAUGUUUUAAAGGCGAAAUAUUGUGUUUAAGGGCAAAAGUGCAGUUGCCAAUUAGGUUUUCAUUAAAUGACAAAAAUAAAGAGUCUUACAUGUGUUACUCUUUCAUUAGCACUAGAAAUGUGCUCAUUUUCGGUGCUUUUAAGUUUUAAAUUUUAUUUCAGGUUUUAAUACUUGCAACAUAUACUGCAAUACAUAAUAUUAUAGUCAUAUCACUGGUGUUUUGAAUAGAUGUAUAGUAGUAAUGAUUGCUAUUCAGUGCUAUUAAUAAGCGCUUGUCUCUAUUUGUCACCUCUUUUGCCAUCUUUUGUCCAAGUUCACGCUUUCAGAAAUCGUAAUUACUCAAACAGUUUUUGAAAAUUCAUAUGUAAAACUUCAAAGCACCUCAAGGUACAUGACUAAAAGUAAUAAUUUGCUAUUUUUAGUAUAACUAUUCAGAGAAUGAAAAAUCUGAAAUAUACAAAAUAUGCACCUGGUUCCUAGUUCCCAAAUUUUCUAAGUCAGAUCAUGCAAAAAUUGUGAAGUAUUGUUGACAACGAUAGCGAUACCCACGCUAUGCUGGAAAGUAGUAGCUAUACAAAUGUGAAAACGGAUAAGGAAUAUUGUACAGGGAACACUUGCUUUUACUCGUUGCAGCAGGUGCAUGGUUUGUUUUUUACUGCAUUCUUUAGGCUUGCGAAACAAUGAUUGUCAGGCCAGGGAGCAUGCAGAAGCCUCCUCAUACUUGAUUAUUGUGUUCAAUCAGCUUUUCUGUGCAAGAAAGGUGAUGAUCUUGUGUGCUUUCAACUGGCACUGGAGCCUCCACAUGCUUUGUUCAGUUUAUGCACAGUGCUCUACAGUAAUGUGGAGUGUUGCGCAAUAUUGUACAGUAAAGAAUAAGGGCACUUAACAGGCAGUAUUCAAAAUGUAAAAAAAAAAAGAAAGACAUUAUACAUCUAGUCAAGCUUUGGUCGAAGGUUCGUCCGAAAUCGACUGCCCGCUUUUAUGUAUGUGACAACCCCACAUUCAUAGAAUUGCUCAUAAUUUAUACAAUGCUGUCGAAGCACUGGCGUUUAAAAGCAACCGACGGUGGGGAAAAAAAAAUUGCACUUGAUAUAAGCUUAACAUAAUUCUCAAGAUAACAUGCACUCAUGAGCAUCUGCGGUUGUUUGAAACAUAGUUAAAACAGCCUAUACAUCGGAUUGUAAAAUUGAACCCAAGGGAAGCGUCUGUGUCUUCACUGUUGCUGUCAUUUAAAAAUUCUGUAACAGAGUCAACCAAAGCACACAUUUUUCAUCUUUUUAUUGAAGAAGUGGAAGGAGCACUGGAGGCUAGUUUCAAUAAUACCUCAAGUUGAAUUUUUAUUUUUCCAGACACCCCAACGUGCCAAAUAUUAUCAAAUCUGACAAAUAGUUAAAGUUCAGUGGUCAUUUCAGACGGUGCAAUGAUGGUGCUAGUAGAAUAAUCCCAACAGAAAUGUUUAACAUGUCCAGAAACUGUUGAUCAAAUUGAUCGAUUUCUAUUGGCUUAGUAAUGAAAGAGUUAAGAGACAAGAUGCUCAUUCUUUGAAGGAAUCCUGUUGACAUCAAUCUUUGGUUUUGUUAACUUUUUCAAUGGUCAGAAACAUGAAAAAAAUUUAAUUGAAAGCUAGUGAACGUAUACAUUCUUGGCAAAUUUCUAGCCUAGUUAAUUGUUACUUUUUACCAUGGACAUCGAAGGAUAAAUACAGAACCUAAAAGCACUUGUUGCCUGACUUCAAGUCCCGUCUUUGUCUGAAUCAGGCAAAAAGGUCACUGCUACCAUGUGAAUUUUUUAAUGUGGCUGGACAACAUUGCAAUGAAUGGCCUACCAUUUUGAGUUUGACAGAGGUUAUUGAACAUGUUUAUUUUUAUGACCGUAAAUUGGACUAGUUUAGAUUUGUGAUAACAAAGUUCAACGCUAAUAUGAAGGACGAAGAAGAGAAUGUAUGAAAGGGUUUGUCCUUCAUUUUAGUGCUGAGUUUCGUUUGUUACCAUGAAUGUUUUGUUUUUGACAGCCCUUCUGUCUUCAUCCCUUUAGUAAAUCUGUGUGUGUGUGGGGAGGGCCUUGCCCUUGGACCUUGCCCAAAUAGACGUGUCUAUUUUAUCUGUUGCUAAAGUGCUGAUUGGUUGGGGGCACUUGUCUCUUUCCCAUGUGUACCCCAGCCCAGAGAAUCAGAACUUUAGCAGCAGACGAUAAUGGAGAUGUCCACUAGGUGGACACUUUACGGAAUACACCUCCCCCCACACCCUUCUUGCUUUGCAAAGUGCUCUUCACAAGUAUUCUAGAAAGCCUCUACAGGUUGUAUAUAGUUGCCCAAUAAAAAUUAGAUUUGUUACUGGUUAUAUGAUUUGCUCCAGUAUGUGAUUAUGCAUGUGCAUGUGUGUAUGUGCAGAUGGGUACGUGUUCAUUGUGAUGAGUUGUAGCAGUCUGAACCUUCAGCAACCGUAACAGCAAUGGGGCUGCAAAAGUCCUGGAAUACAGCAGGAACAUUCUUGUUACACGAAUCUAUUCUUGUAAGAGAAACUGCAUGAUACCUUUUGUCACUUCAUUAUAGGGGCAUUUGCCUGUGGGCUAUGUUUGCAGCAGUUGCUCUUUUAUUUUGUUCAAAUUGAUCAUACAUUAUUUUAUGUGCGUUCUUAUACUUGAUGCUGUUUAGCUUAUUAUACCAGAUAGAUUUAUUUUGCCGCUUGUUGCACAACUUCACUAUCGAAAGAAUAAAAAGAUGGGCCAAAUAAUAA